AUGGCUUCAAUCCCGUUAGUGUUUUCGAACUGGACCCAAAGACCGUUGGCCCGUCUUAUACCUUUCGGUUUGGGUGCCUUCCUAUUUCUUUGGGCUGUCGCCUACUUCGCCUGGCCUACACACGGCCCUCACACACUGCCAUCACUGGAGCUGGACGUGUCGUUUCCCCCGCAGCCACUACCACCAGGACGUGGGGGAAAGAAGUGGCCCAUACGUGCGAAUGCCGUAAGACGCGCGUUUCUGCACUCAUACGAUGGGUAUAAGAAGCACGCUUGGGCCAGCGACGAGCUUCUCCCUCUAUCCAACAGUUCAGUUAAUAAUUUUAAUGGGUGGGGUGUGACACUGGUCGAUGGGCUCGACACCAUGUGGAUCAUGGGUUUAUAUCGCGAGUUUUAUGAGACCAUUCCGGUCAUAGCCAAGAUGGAUUUCUAUCUCGAUGAGAACUCAUUCGCUCCUUUCUUCGAAACGGUCAUCCGCUAUCUCGGAGGUCUGCUCUCCGCCUACGCACUAUCCGGAGAACCCAUCCUCCUCGCGCGUGCGGAUGAUCUAGGGAGAAUGCUUUCUCCAGCGUUCAAUACCUCAUCUGGGCUCCCCAGGUUCUCUGUCAAUACCGUAACAGGGAAGACCAAGCAGGCGUGGGGCGAUGGAACUGCGCUCUUAGCCGAAGCACUUAGCUGCCAGCUAGAAUACAAAUACCUUGCGCAUUUGACUGGCCGCAGGGAUUAUUUCCAUAAUGUUGACAGAUUGAUGGAUGUUAUUCGCGAUGCAAAUGUUCCGGGAUACAAGUUCCCGACUAUAUGGGAUUACAAUGAGGGGAUCCCCGCGAAUGAACAAUUCUCCGCGGGCGCGUUUGCGGACAGUGCCUACGAAUAUUUAUUAAAACAGUACCUCCUCACAUCUAAAUCCGAAUCAAAAGUGCACGAUCUUUACCUUCACGUAGCAAAUAGCGUGAUCGAGAAUCUCCUAUAUAUCACACCUAAUCGACGUCUUCUCUACGUAACGGAUACGAACAACGACAAUCCAAGCCACAAGUUUGAGCACCUCUCGUGCUUCCUUCCUGGACUGCUCGCGCUUGGUGCCCACACGCUCGAUCUACCCGCCCGAGAUGCGCAGAUACAUAUGUGGGCGGCAGAAGGGCUCGCGUACACCUGCUGGAUGACAUACGCGGACCAACCGAGCGGGCUGGGACCCGACGAGGUGAAUAUGGUGCCGAUGCCCAAGUCGGACGAGAAUCCGCGAGGUGGGCUGUGGGUAGAUCAUCUCGAGCGGUGGGAAAGAACAAGGAGUCCAGUACCUCCUGGUUUGGAACGAGUGCCUCCCCUGCUCCAGGGUGAGCGCGACUAUUCUAUGCGCAAACCUGGAUAUUUCCUGCGACCAGAGGCCGUUGAGAGUAUGUAUCUACUCUGGAGAAUCACCGGCGACGAAGCGUGGCGAGAACGUGGCUGGGCGGUUUUCCAGGCCCUUGAAAGGGAGACGAAGACGUCGAGUGGCUAUGCAAGUCUGUCGUCUGUAGAGCGGACACCGGCUUCGAAGAAGGAUGAGAUGCCGAGUUUCUUUAUGGCAGAAACGUUAAAGUACCUGUAUUUACUCUUCACGGAUGAGGAGAUCAUACCGCUAAAUCAGUGGGUGUUCAACACGGAAGCUCACCCUCUACCUAUCUUCGAGUGGUCAGAAUGGGAGAAGUCAGAGUAUGGAAUCCACUAA